AAUAGUGCCAUCAAAAUAUAAUAUACUAGGGUCUGGUUGAACGCAUGAGGAGUGAGGACAUACGGCCAUAAUGUAAAAGAGUACCUCAAUGUGUAGACAUUUAAACUCUAAAGUUCCGGUUUAAUUCACUCUAAAAGAGAUUACUCUGAACUGAAGAAAACAUAGAUUUUCGUUGUUAUUAACAACUUUGGCAUGUGUGACAGAUUUUGGUUAUUUAUUUGGCAGGCGAAUGGAUGACAAUUUUCUAAAUAGAUUUUCUUUAUGGACUUAUUAUGCUAAAUAUGCUUUAUAAAUAUUCUGCUACUUGAAAAUUCAAUGACAAGAACGUAAUAUCAACAAAAAUGCUAGAUAAAGUCCUAAAAUGAAUAAUUUUGCAUUUUUAUUAAUAAUAUGUUCUGCGAUAAAUACUGAGACUGGAUCAGUCAAUUACUGUGGUUCUAGAAUGUGUGGCCAUACGGAUAGACAUACUUUUUGUAAAUACCAGCCUGGUCCAGGAGCGACGUGUGCCGGUUACAUAGAAGCACCUCUGUCCUCAGCGGAGAAAGAGAAUGUGUUAGCGCGUCUCAAUCGUCGACGAAGUGAUGCUGCGAUGGGACUCGAUGACUGGCCCCCAGCUGGAAAUAUGUUGAAACUGAUGUGGGUUAAUGAGUUGGCUCGCGAGGCACAGCUGUGGGCGGACCAGUGUAUCCCUCCUGCUUCUGUAGAGGAGCACGAUGAAUGCAGACACUUAUAUUCAGUAACAGUUGGGCAAUGCGUUGCCUCGGUAGUGGGCGAAGCGCCAGGCCUUCGCCCCGAGACAAUGGUCGACAUGUGGUUCAUGCAGAGGAUUUCAUAUGUUGGAAAUCUGACUUCUUAUAUGCUAUCCACAACUUACCAAGACUUUGCACAAAUUGUGUGGUCGCGAGCGUUCUUGGUGGGAUGCGCGCGGAGUCGAUUUAUGGCGGAAAUGCGGGGGCGUAUGCGCACCGUGGAGCGUCUCGUGUGUAACUUCGCUCCACAAGGUCCAGCGCUAAAUCGGCCACUUUGGGCGCUCGGGGAACCCGCAUCGUUGUGCCCGUCCAGAGCGAUACCUGAUAAAGAAUAUCCCGCACUUUGUGUAUUCCAAAUUACUACAAAUGAAACCGAUGAUAUUAAACAAAUAAUGACUCACGAAGAGCACUUGUUACUCGAUACUGUUUUUGAAAUUGAAAACAAUCUUACACUUGACUAUAUGGGAAGCCUUGAUGAGCAAUAUCUAACUAAAGUAGCUAUUUCCAACUUUGGCAUACAAAUUUCCAGUGCAUCUAACUAUAAUAAUACCAAAUAUAGUAAAGAAUUAUCACGAAGAGAUAAUUCUACAACUGCUAGCCCAUUUGCCCAUAAAAUAGACAUGAAUACAUAUGUAAAAAUAAAUAACUACACAAAAACUACGAAAGAAAUAGUCAACCUAAUUGGGCGUCCAAAAUCUUACCAUUUAGAAGAUCUACAGGAUACAUUUCCUGAACAUUCUGACUCCAAUUUGAUAAUAGAAGAAAGUGGUACAGAUAAAAAAUAUUUAUACAUUGAUUAUGAGUUUGUUGAAACGACAAAUGAGCAAGAAUCCCAAACAUCUGUAACUAUUCUGGCUCAAGAUUUACCCAGUCACGAUGAGAAUGCAACAGAAAACGCAAGGAAUAUAGAAAGUUUAGCAAAUUCUUAUUACCUAAACGACUCUUUAAUUGACGACAAAAUGAUUGACGAUUAUCUUUCGGAUCCGGAUGCGUAUCAGCGAGUUCAACAAGAGUUGCAACGUAUGGAAACUAUGCUAUCGACGCCAAGCUCAACAUCGGCUUCUAAGGUAAGGCGUGAACUGCGGAAUUAUGACCAACCUACGAAAUAUCCUGACGAUGCUAAAACUAAACAACUACUUGCUGAAAUAGAAAGAAACAAGACGAUUGAAAGAGGACCAAUGUUGAAUAUGGUUCUAAAGUAUGUACCACUUUUAAAACCGUACGAGAAGUCCAUCUUGGGUUCUGUUGAAGACAACGGAGUAGCUCGACUCGUCCCUACUACUGUAUUACUGGUAGCGGUGUGUUUGUAAUACAUUUAUUGUGAUUUAGGCUUUUAGUUACCAUUUUAAAAGCCUAUUCGUUUUGUUGUGUGCAAAUUAUUCAUUAAAUGGCUGUGAUUGUAA